GUUCCAUCCGUUUCGCUCCCCCACAGUUCCCGAGUCGAUAGUCGACGAGCCGAUGAGUAGCCAGUUGACCCCAGUCACUGAGGCAUUACUUACACCGUCAGAGCUCCCUAUCUCGGCUUUCAAGAGGCCUCUCGUGGAUGAACUGAUUAUUCAGGUAAGGCUAGCCGUUGUGAGUGGCAAACAAUUCUGCUGCGUCUAGUUCUCGCAAUGAGAUAAGUUAGCUGCCUCGCUGACAACUCCACCUAUACAUGCUCCAUAUCGUCCAUUGCCUUUCCUCAUGGCCAGAAAGGAUGCAGUGCAGUCUCCAAGACCGCUCGGCUCGUUUUGGUCUAACUCAAGUAAAUCCUGGUCCUAGUUCUGGAUCCGGGGAUGCCGGGGAUGAGGCAGACGCGGAGGGCGGGGAGCGAGUUUAUUUGACGGCGUGGAAGCGAUGCAACGCCGUCGCGCGCGGGGAAGCGACGAAGCGGGACAAUGAGAUCCCGUCUGCACUUGGAGGCCGUGGGCGAGACCAGAGCGUCUUAAGGGGCCACUACGCAUGCACAAUCCCCCCGUCUCGUAGUCGCCCAGUUUGCCUGUUUAGCUCGACGAGACCAGUACGAACUGCAUUGGGAAGGCCGUUGCUGAUCGUGCGCUUUCGUGUGGGUGUGGACGUGUGCAUAAGCCUGGAAAAUUUGACAGCAAAUCCGAAGAUGUGGAAUUAUACAAGGACUUGAGGACAUAUGGAUAACAUGUAUUCCGAGUAUUCGUUUCCGGCAAUAUUCUCUCUUCGUGUCCCAUAAAAGGUCACUCACUCGUACUGUAC